AGAACAUCCAAUGCAAAAUCAUGUGUGUCUGGUUCCUUCCUUUUCCUUCAAGAGCUUGCAUUGUUCUCUGACGUGGAUUUCUCAACUUUUACUUCAAAGGUUCAUUGAUCCUACCAUUGACACAGAAACAAAAGAUAAAAGUUGGUAAGAGAGAGAGAGAAAGAGAGAGAGUAACCAAAAGCAGGAACAGGUAUGUAAAUAGAGGGACCAUGUCAUAAAGUUGAAGUGAGAGAAAGCAAAGACCUACCAGUCUUUGAAAGUAACAGCUUACGUUACUGAACACCCAGCCAAAGCACCCUUCAGCAAAAUUUCCACUCAUAAUUGUGAGAAAAGUACAAAACUUGCAGCUUCAACCAGAUCUGCUGGACACCACAUGCUGAGGUUAAAGGGUAAAAAAGAAUCAUAGUUAAGAAUAAAGGGCACCCUUCUAUGCAAGAAUCUUUCUUUUGCUUUUCCUAGUGAAGCUACUAUGGCAUCCCUUUGGGCCUUCAAGACAAAGAAUAGAAAAUAGAAGGAAAAUAUGUUAAAAAAGAAAAAAUUUUCAUGAAGGAAAGGAAAUAUGUCAAUUCAUUUAUGACUGAGAAUGAUGAAAUGUCAGCUUGUGAGAGAGAAUAGAGUGAGUUUUGAUCUUUUCAUUUGUUUUCAAGUUUCUACCCUUGUCACCAGCUUCAGCUUGUCUUGGUUUGGGCAGAGAAAAACUGACACCUUGGAAAAUGGUUUCCAUGCUUCACUAGGAUUUGGAGAGUACUAUUCAAAGGGCUUAUGCUUGUAUUCCCAUGCUUCAAUUUUGAGAGAAUUUCAAUCCUUUUGAGCAUAUAACCAAAACUCUCUAAUUCACUGCAUGACUUGGUGCUAAUGGCAAAUAGAUACCAUCCCUCAGUGUUUCUGGUGUUGGUUACUAUUAUACUUUCUAUCUAUCACUCGGAGCAAUUGCAAUCCUCUCACUCUCAGACCCUUCUAAGAAUUCAACAGCUAUUGGACUUUCCUCCUGCUUUAAGCCAGUGGAACAACAACACUGACUUUUGCAACACAGAUUCAAACUCUUCUCUCACUGUAGUGUGCUAUGAGGACACCAUAACACAGCUUCACAUAAUAGGUGAAAGACGAGAUGCACCUCUCCCUAGAAAUUUCUCAAUAGAUUCAUUUGUCACUACACUAGUAAGGCUUCCAAGUUUGAAAGUCCUCACUUUGGUGUCUCUUGGUAUAUGGGGUACACUGCCCAGUAAGAUUGCUCGUUUGUCAUCACUGGAAAUAGUUAAUGUGAGUUCCAAUUUUCUCUAUGGUUCCAUUCCUCAGGAGCUUUCAUCAGUGUCAAAUCUCCAAACACUCAUUCUUGACAACAACAUGUUUACUGGCCUGCUUCCUUAUUGGCUUGAUUCACUUCCAGGCUUAACCGUGCUAAGUUUGAAGAACAAUUUGUUCAAUGGAUCUCUACCAAAUUCGCUUGGAUCCUUGGAGAAUUUGAGAACUCUUUCACUUUCUCAUAAUCACUUUUAUGGGGCAGUACCUGAUUUGAGCCGUUUGACAAAUCUUCAAGUGCUGGAAUUGGAUGAUAAUGCUUUUGGACCUCAAUUUCCUCUGCUUGGCAACAAGUUGGUUACACUUGUGCUAAGAAACAAUAGGUUCAGGUCUGGUAUUCCGGCUGAAAUGAGCUCUUAUUAUCAGCUUGAAAGAUUGGAUAUCUCAUCAAACACAUUUGUGGGGCCAUUUCAGCCAGCUUUGUUGUCACUUCCUUCUAUUAAUUAUCUGAAUAUUUCUGGGAACAAAUUAACUGGGAUGCUCUUUGAGAAUGUGUCAUGCAAUUCUGAGCUUGAUGUAGUUGAUUUAUCCUCAAAUCUUUUGACUGGGAGCUUACCUAGAUGUUUAUUGUCAAAUUCCAGUGAUAGGACUGUCCUGUAUGCUCGAAAUUGUCUAGAGACUACAAAUCAAAAUCAGCAGCCACAACCUUUUUGCCACACUGAAGCCUUAGCUGUGGGAAUAUUACCUGAGAGAAAGAAGCACAGACAAGUUUCUAAGGUAGUUCUUUCCCUUGGCAUAGUAGGUGGGACUCUUGGAGGAGUAGCACUUGUUUUGUUGAUUUUCUUUCUUGUUAGAAGAGGAAAUGCCAGAAGCAAAAUGAAGAGUCCUCCAACAAGAUUAAUAUCAGAAAAUGCUGCUUCUGGAUACACCUCUAAGUUACUUUCUGAUGCAAGGUAUAUAUCUCAAACCAAGAAGUUGGGAGCAGUUGGCCUGCCAACUUAUCGAAGUUUCUCAUUGGAAGAGAUUGAGGCAGCUACAAACUACUUUGACACAGCUUCUUUAAUGGGUGAAGAUUCUUAUGGGAAGAUGUACAGAGGUCAGCUGAAGAAUGGCUCACUCGUUGCUAUUAGAUGCAUAGAAAUGAAAAAGAGAUACAGCACUCAAAACUUUAUGCACCACAUAGAGUUGAUAUCAAAACUUCGGCAUCGUCAUUUAGUCAGUGCUCUAGGACACUGCUUUGAAUGUUCUUUAGAUGAUUCAAGUGUCAGCAAAGUGUUUCUUGUCUUCGAACAUGUACCGAAUGGCACGCUCAAGAGUUGGAUCUUUGAUGGGCAUGAUAGAAAAUCCCUGAGUUGGACUCAACGUAUAGGAGCUGCAAUUGGAGUGGCAAAGGGAAUUCAAUUUUUGCAUACAGGAAUUGUUCCUGGUGUAUAUUCCAACAAUCUCAAGAUAGAAGAUGUUUUAUUGGAUCAGAAUCUUGUUGCAAAAAUCAGCAGUUACCACCUGCCUUUGUUAUCUAACAUGGGAAAGGUUCGGCAUGGAAAUUCUUCUAGUGGAUUAAAAAACUCUAGAAUUAAUAAAAGUGUAAAGCAUGAAGAUAAGUCUGAUAUAUAUGACUUUGGAAUGAUACUACUCGAACUCAUUCUAGGAAGGAAAAUAAAGGCAACGAAUGAUGCAUACGCUUUUAGGGAUCUGUUGCAAGCAAGUAUAGGAGCUGAUGAAGAGGGUAGGAGGAGUAUUAUUGAUCCUGCAGUUCGCAAGGCAUGCUUGGAUCAAUCAUUGAAGACAAUGAUGGAGAUUUGUGUGAGGUGCCUGGUUAAAGAGCCAGCAGAUAGGCCCUCUAUAGAGGAUGUUUUGUGGAAUUUGCAGUUUGCAUCUCAAGUGCAGGAUGCAUGGAGAGGGGAUUCUCAAAGUAGUGAGGGGUCACCCGGCUCACCUUUAGCCUCUCGAAGAUUGCCCUUCCAUUAGUGUCAAUCCACAGGUUUUCACUUUUUUGCUAUGUAAAUUUCACUAUAAGCCUAAAAGAUUAAUGGUUGCAGAUAAGCAUCAGAAUAGUAUAAGUUCUUUAUGUUGUAACUCCUUGGCUAAAAACACUGCUGAGCUUCUAAUGAAAAUCUAUGUUGUCAGAGCUUGCAUU